GUCUACUUUACUCCAUGAGAAGAUUAUGCUCAGCAAGUAAUUAAUACAAUAGAUCAAUCUGAGAAAUCCAUUUUGGUUCAAUAAUACAAAUUUACUCUUGAGAAAGUGGCUAAUUCUCUAGUUGAAGCAAAAAAACGUAGCGUUGAUAUUAAAAUUAUUCUAGAUAAAUCA